AUGCUUAAAUCGACCACCGCCAGCACUACCGUCGCAAGGUACUUGAUGAUCCACCAACAGUCAAGCCGAGGAGUCAUACAUAUUCUGCGAAAACACUUCCACCACUCGUCACCAACCGCAAUGGCGACCAAGGAUUGGAACGCGGCACAGUACCUGAAAUUCGAACGGGAAAGGACCCGACCCGCCACCGACCUGCUAUCCCAGAUCCCCCCACUGGCAUCAUCCCCUCCGGCGCGCAUCUUCGAUCUCGGUUGCGGGCCGGGCAACUCGACCGGCGUCCUCGUCCAACGGUACCCGUCGGCCCACAUCACCGCCGUCGACUCGUCUCAAGACAUGGUGGCCAAGGCCCGACAGACACUCUCCUCCUCCUCGGUGGCCGGCGGCGGCGGCCAGGUCGACGUGCAGCUCGCCGACCUGACCACGUUCCGGGACACGGACUCGGCCGACCUCCUCUUCUCCAACGCCGUGUACCAGUGGCUCCCGUACGACGAUCGCAUCCGCAUCUUCACCGAACUCCUGGAGACCCUCAAGCCGGGCGGCGUGUUCGCGUUCCAGGUGCCCGACAACUUUGGCGAGCCGUCGCACGUCGCCAUGCGCGCCGUGGCCGCGCAGGGUCCAUGGUCGGACACUUUGAACCGGCUGCCGGAGCCACCCACUCGCCGACCGUUCCAGUCGCCCCAGGAACUGUACGACAGCCUCAAACCGCUCUGCUCAGACGUCAACAUGUGGCACACCUGCUACUACCACGUCCUCGAAGACCAUCGGGCCAUCGUCGAGUGGGUCAAGGGCACCGGCUUGAGGCCCUACAUCGACCCGCUCGGCGACGACGAGAAGAGAGGCUUCCUCGAGGCCUACCUGGAGAAAACCACCGAGCUCUAUCCACCCCUGGCCGACGGCAAGGUGUGUCUUCGUUACCCGAGGCUAUUCGUGGUCGCCGUCCGAAGUUGA